AUGGGCAGCAUGAAUUCUACCUUUUUCGCCAACUCUACUGCCCUAGCUGUUCAGCGAGGGUGCAUGCUUCCAGAUGUUGAAUUUUGCGGAGAACAGCUUUUCCGAAUGGUGGAGCUAAAUCUCAUUGACAACAUUGGCGAGGCGUUCGGAUUUAACACGACCAGCUUCAACUUGUCCGACCCUUUCCUCUCUGCAAAUUUUACUGAACCAAAUAUGACUUGCUGUUUCGACGACUUUUGCAAUUGCGACUUUUGUCAACAAGUGGGGCUCACUUUGCCGCCAACCACGUUGCCUGUUUUUACUACUCAAGCGACAACAACGUCGCCAGUAACCCUACCUCCUCCUGUCUUAUCUGGCCAGAAAGCUCAUUAUAUAUCAAUUCUUUUUCUGCUGAAAAUUUUUGCUACUUACUAA